UUCUCUUAUUGGCCGCUGGAGUCGCUCCGCUUUUGCAUGUAUUUUUAGCUAUUGGUUCGAUUCCUAAUGCAGGUCGGAGGCAGUCACGGUCCCUGCGGUUGAGAAACAGGGGGGCGUCUCAUCUGCAAGAGCAGCACAGGUCUGCGGCAAGGAAACACUACCACAAAGCGCUGGGAGAGGCAGGGGAGAGGGGAACGAGUCAGACACGGCGAGACAAACUACUAAACAAGUUUCGCUAAUCCAGCUACUCGGCUUUCCACGUUAGAGGUGUGUGGGCUAUCCGUCCAACACUGUGUUAUUUCUGUGUUGCUGAUUCAUUCAAGCUCCGAACGGCUUUUCAAAUGGCCAGCCCUGGCUCGGAUGCAGGACGACACCUCCAACUGCAUCAGCCUCACACCGAACCAGCACCGGGGGCGGCCUUCCGCGAAGCGCAGAAAUGGAUCGAGGCGGUGACUGGCCGAUGCUUCGGUGAGAAGGACUUUCGUGGAGGACUAGAGAACGGGAUCCUACUGUGCGAGUUGCUGAGCUCCAUCAAGCCUGGCCUGGUGAAGAAGAUCAACAGGUUGCCCACGCCCAUAGCAGGCCUGGACAACCUGACGCUGUUCCUGAGGGGCUGUGAGGAGCUGGGGCUAAAGGGAACGCAGCUGUUCGACCCCGGAGACCUGCAGAACACCUCCACACGCGUCUACGCCAAAGGAUCCGACUGCAGCAGGAGGCUAAAGAAUGUGCUGAUCACCAUUUACUGGCUGGGAAAGGCUGCAAACAGCUGUGCGUCUUACAGCGGCCCGACGCUGGACCUGAAGGAGUUUGAAGGGCUUCUGUCACAGAUGCGAAAGGAAGCGGAGGACUGUGACAGUCCUAAGCGUAGCAUCCGGGACAGCGGCUACAUCGACUGCUGGGACUCUGAGCGCCAGGUGAGGCGCUUCCCCUCCCGCCCGCGGGAGGACUCCUUCGACAGCCUGGACUCCUUGGGCCUGCUGACAGACCCCCCACCGAGGGCCAUUACUGGUCGGUCACGUAGCAGUGAUGGCCGCGGCAGCGACUCGGAGUCCGACUUCCCGCACCACCACCGGCGGAUGCCGGACGUGCGUAAGGAUGACAUGCUGGCGCGGCGCACAUCGGUCAGCGAGCCGCGCACGCCACUGCCCUUCAACCAGUUCCUGCCCAACAAGAGCAACCAGACGGCCUACAUGCCCGCGCCACUGCGACGCAAGCGCCCCGAGAGAGAGGAGGGCGGACGCAAGAGCUGGAGCACUGCCACCUCGCCCAUCGGGGGGGACCGGCCAUUCAGUGUGAGUGACGCCCCAGACUGUGAGAGCCCCCCCAACAUAACCCCACUAGACCCCCACCCUGUAGCCCCCAUCACCUGCCCCGCACCCCCCCAACAGGAGCCUGAGGAGCACCAGAGAGACGGUGGUGAAGAGGAGGAGGAGGAGGAAGAGCGGAAGGAGGAGGAGGAGGAGGCUAGUGUGUUUAUCACAAGGAGGGAGAGCCAUGACUGCAGUCAUGCCGAAAACAAGCCUCCCAGUCCUAUCCCAGAAUACUCCAGUGCACUCCCACUGACACACACGGAGAAGCAGCAGCAAAACCAGACAGCAGCUACUGACUCAAGAAGCCCCGCCCGUUCAUGUUCUGAGGAACUCUACCGCACUUCCUUGACGACCAACGCCAUGUCAACCUCCAUCGUAGUUACCAUCCCACUCAGCCCCUCCCCUAGGGACAGUCCGGAUGCUUCCAGGAAGUUCCUGCCCCCAAAGGUGGAUGGGGCGGGGCCUGGAAAGCAAGGGGGCGUGUCAGACCCAGGAAGGGAUGACAUGUGGGCCAGGCGGACCUCCCCCAAACAUGGCGGGGCCAGCCCCACCCACUUCCUGCCCGUCCCCGCAACGGGAGCCAAUCAGGCUGGGGGCAGCCCGGGGGCGGAGUCGGAGACAGACAAACCACGGAGGAGGCCCUCCUGGUUGGACGACGAGCUGUCGCCAACAUUCAGCCACAGUGCUAGUGUGUCAGAUGACCCUGAGAGUAUGAGUAUGAUAGAUGUGCGCUGUGAGGAGGACGUGUUCCUGAACCCCCACAGUCAGGUGCGGCACGAGCUCAUGCACAACCAGUACAACAAGCUGAAGGAGGAAGAGGACCACUGGCAGGACGACCUGGCUCGGUGGAAGAGCCGUCGGAGGAGUGUGUCCCAGGACCUGAUCAAGAAGGAGGAGGAGAGGAAGAUGAUGGAGCGACUGCUGAGCGGAGAUGAAGGCGUGCCGCAGCGGAGGAAGAGCAUCAAGACCUACAAGGAGAUCGUGGAGGACAACCCCACCCAACUCACAGGGAGAUCAAAUGGGAUGUGGCUCGCAUCAGCCGACCCCAUCCUCGUCCCCGCUCGGCCUCGCCGCCGCCUUCUCGCCACCCUGCCCCGCUGCCACCUGCCCCGGCGGCGUCUUGAGGCGAUGCGAGGAGGACUUCAGCGCCCAGCCGAGUCGGAGGGUGGCGACGGUGGAGGCGUCGGCAGCGCUGGGAGUGGCGCUGGCGGUGGUGCUAACCCCAUGCAGUACCUCCGUCAGCAGUCGCUGCCCGCGCCCAAGUUCACCUCCACAGUGGAGGCUAUGGUGACCAGUUUCACCCCGGCAACGGCACCAGAGCGCCCCCUGAAGGCUCUGCCCCUACUAGCACCCAAACCGUACAGCCGCGGAGAUAAACCAGCGAAGGUGGACAGGAUGUUGCGUGUGAACGGCGAGACGGAGAAAAAGAUGGAGGAGAAGGAGAGUGAGGAUGGACGACAGGAUGGACCAGAGGAUGGACGAGAGGACAGCCCCUCUCCCCUGCAGUUUCUCCCUUGCCCCUCGUCAAAUGACACGGAGGCGCCAGAGUCCAGAGUCACGACCUCCUCUGCCUCGACGCCCUCCUCCCCAGCACACGCUGCGAAACAAGCUUCCCCCACACACGGCUCGAAACAAGCUUCCCCCACACACGGCUCGAAACAAGCUUCUCCCACACACACUGCGAAACAAGCCUCGUCGACACACACCUCAGCACAAGCUUCUCCCACACACACCUCUAAACAGGCUUCCCCCACACACACCUCGACACACGUGUCUCCCACACACACUCCAGACGCUGGCCUUCCUGGUGACGCACUUGCCCCAGGGAUCUCUGGGAAGGCUGCCGAGGAGGAGAGGCCUUCGGAGGAGGCGCCGGUGAAGGAGGAGGAGGAGGAGUCGUCACUAGUAACAGCGAGCCAAUGGCAAGCGCCUGAACGCCAGGACGUGGACGAGGGAGGUCCUCCACAAUCCCAGGAUGCACUUGAGCAGCCUGAGAGUCCAGAGAAGACAACACCCAGCAGACCCACAUCUCUGCCUACGGAGCUGCAGAGUGAGCCAGAAGCCAUUCCGUUGGUCGAGAGUGAGCCAGCAGCCAUCCCAUUGGUCGAGAACGGCAGCCAGCCCUUACCAGAGACAGAGCAGAGCCGGACCACAGACAAGACAACCUGCACUACAGUACCUGGUCUGCACACCACAGCCCCGACUCCAGAUCCCACAGGUCCUGGAUCAGCGCCUGACCACCAAAGCCCAGCACAGAUGGUUGAGACAGUGAAUCAGCUGGAGACGUCUCAUCUCGCUGCUCCUCUGGUCAGGCCUCCUUGUGCGUCCUCAUCGACAGAGCUUUAUAGCUCUGCCAGCGCGCCACUGGCCUCGCCUAAUCCUAAGUUGCGCUGGGAAUUCUUCGCUCCUCCAGACAGUCCAGUCCAGGAGCCUAGUGAUAUAAGUGUCCCACCCACGGUGUUGAGUAUGGUCAAGCGGGGCGACCAGUGGUCAUGGGACCCAGACGAGGAGCGCAGACGUCAGGAAAGGUGGCAGCGAGAGCAGGAGCGCAUGCUUCAGGAAAAGUACCGUCGUGAGCAGGAGAAGCUGAAAGAGGAGUGGGAGCGAGCUCAGAGGGAAGUGGAGGAGGAGGAGAGGAAGUUCCAUGAGGAGGAGCAGAAGAUCCUGGAGGAGACGGUGGCCCCCCUGACACCCCACUCCCCGGCCCCGCCCGUCCCCCCCUCACCCACGAGGAACGUGGCCCCCCCGACCACCGCCGCCCCCCAGGACAACAUAGUGCGCUCGCUGGCCGACUGGGAGCGCAAGCAGGAGAUGCUGGAGAGGCAGGCGAGGGGAAGCACAGAGGACAACGAGCGGACAGAGCUGAGCACUGAGGAGCGGAGCAGCUCACAGCUGCAGAAGGCUGAGAGUGCGGACCUUCUGACCUCCUCGGGUGUGUCCGAGGCCAGCUCCCGCAGCCAGCACAAUGGCCAGAGAGCCACCAGGGGCCAGGGACAACCUAGGAGCCCUCAGCCCCAGCCUGCCCAGGAACCAACAUGGAACAGCAAAGAACAAAAGACAACUUCACUGGACCGAAAGACUGGAGGAAGGAGGUUUGAGGCUGGUGAGAAUGCACCAAACUCCCCUAAGUCACCCUCAUACUCCUCAGACACCCCACCUUCAUCCCCCAACAGGUCUGUGAGUGGAAAGAAGCUGUGCUCCAGCUGUGCCCUCCCCCUGGGGAAAGGGGCCGCCAUGAUCAUCGAGACCCUCAGCCUCUACUUCCACAUCCAGUGCUUUAAGUGUGGCAUUUGUAAGGGGCAGCUUGGAGACACGACCACAGGCACGGACGUCAGGAUCCGCAACGGCCUUCUCAACUGCCAUCAAUGCUACAUCCGCUCACGCUCGGCAGGACAGCCCACCACCCUGUGAUGCGCCUGCGGGAGCGCCCGUGCCCAGUCCAUCCAGACUUCCGCUCCUCUCUCCUCAUCAAGCAUGUCCAGAUAAACAGCUGUUGUGUGCCGAUGAGUCUCCUUCCUGGAUCCUGGUCCCCCUGCCUAGUGUGAUUGGGUCUGGUGUUGCCACCGUAGUGUUCAAAUGCAACAAUAGACAAGAAACUAUCUCCACCUCCAAAUGAGGAGGGCUUAUGUAUAUUUCUCCAGUUACCAAUAACAUAGAUGGAAUAUUAUACACUUCUAAUAUAUACCUAAAAUGGGGGAAGCUCUUUUUUUAUUAGAAUUAAAAGAGGACAACAGUUUGGUUUAUUCAUCUCCUAAUAACAACUCUAUCCUCUGCUAACGUCACAAUGUGAAAUUCAACUGUUACAGGUCCAGAAUAGUUAUGACCACCGCAAUGUUUCCUCACAUCAAGAGUUCAUUCAUUGCCCACAGUCUAUAUGUACUAUACGAAAAUUGUGUCAAUUAAUGAGAAAAAUGUAUACAUUUCAGUAGCAUUUUGAUCUGUUAAAGUUGGAAAGAAAUAUAGACCUGUAAUGGCCCAGGAAAUUGUCAGUUUGAGGGAAUACAUAGGGAAAGAGGAAAUUACUUCCAGGCUAGAGAUAUUUUUUCUACCAGGUAUUUUGCCAAAAAAAACAAAGGAUGUUUAAUUUUAAGCUUUACAUAGGCUACUUUACUCUGCCUUUUUUUUAUAAAAGGCCAUUUUACGCACGCCCUUCUCCCUCUCUUUCCGGUGUCCUUCAGAAUGAUUUCGGGAGCCAUGUUUCCAAAAACAGUAUUGACACACGGUUCGUCAAUGAACGUCCUCCUGCGUUUCGUUUCAUUUCCUGCUUGAAAAAGAAAUGCAUUCUUUUACUAAAUUUAAUGUUAUUGAUUACCUAUGAGAGGAUUGCACGUCAAGCUGGUUGCAUCUGUGGAGGUUAUGUCGUCAUUGCGGUUUGUUCCCCUCACGCACCCAUUUUCCAUCCGAGCUACCUGCUUCUUCGGUCGUUCAUACCUUUGCCGUGUCCCCGCCUCGGUUAUGACCGCAAUUAUUAUGUGCCUUAGGAAAACGAGGGAAUGCGUACCCGCAACAGAAUGUGAAGCCGUUUGAUGAAACCCAAAGAUGGUCUGUCUGUAGCCACACUAGUUGAGCUUUGAGGACGGGCUGUUAUUUUCAUAGAAAAGUAUUGAUGUAGGAACGCGCUGAACGAGUUAGAUCUUCGCAUUUUGGGAAACGGGCUUAUGUUUGGUCCAUAGGGCUUCAUGGUAGUUAAGAUAUCCCCUUGUCUUUUCUUUCCCCGGCUCUCUUUCUUUCAGACUUUUCUUACGCCGAAUAGUCCAUUAUCUUCGAUGCGAUGUGUAUUUGGAUCAGCAAAAUAUUUUGUAAGGUCUGAUGACUUAUAAAAACUAAAAGGUGAAGCAAACAUGAACCAAAUAGAUGAUUUGUUGUAGUAGGCAAAAACCGUGUGUCAAUUCCUUAUUUUUGCCUUACUGAAUAUUUGGAUAUUUGUGAAUAACUCCACAAAACUAUGAGUGAAUAAACAAAUUAAACAGCU